GGAUAGCAGUGCCCGGCAGCCUGCCUCUGUGAGUAUCACAAACAUGGCGGAAAGCGAGUUGAACGUUGACAGCCUCAUCUCUCGACUACUAGAAGUGCGAGGAUGUCGUCCAGGGAAGAUCGUACAGAUGUCAGAGGCUGAGGUGCGAGGGCUCUGCAUCAAGUCCAGAGAGAUUUUCCUCAGUCAGCCGAUCCUACUAGAACUGGAGGCUCCACUCAAAAUCUGCGGUGAUAUCCAUGGACAGUACACAGACUUGCUGAGGCUAUUCGAGUAUGGAGGCUUCCCUCCAGAGGCCAACUACCUGUUCCUGGGGGAUUACGUGGACAGAGGGAAGCAGUCGCUGGAGACCAUCUGCCUGCUGCUCGCUUACAAGAUCAAAUACCCAGAAAACUUCUUCUUGCUCAGGGGGAACCACGAGUGCGCCUCCAUCAAUCGAAUCUACGGUUUCUACGAUGAGUGCAAGCGCAGGUUCAACAUAAAGCUCUGGAAGACCUUCACAGACUGUUUUAACUGUUUGCCCAUUGCUGCGAUUAUUGACGAGAAGAUUUUCUGCUGCCACGGAGGGCUGUCACCUGAUCUACAGUCCAUGGAACAAAUUCGACGCAUCAUGAGACCCACUGAUGUCCCAGACACAGGCUUGCUGUGCGACCUGCUGUGGUCAGACCCAGACAAAGAUGUGCAGGGCUGGGGGGAGAACGAUCGGGGAGUUUCCUUCACCUUUGGGGCCGACGUGGUCAGCAAAUUUCUCAACCGUCACGACCUGGACCUCAUCUGCCGAGCACAUCAGGUUGUUGAAGACGGCUAUGAGUUCUUUGCCAAACGACAGCUGGUGACGCUGUUCUCUGCCCCUAAUUACUGCGGGGAGUUUGACAACGCAGGCGGCAUGAUGAGUGUGGACGAGUCCCUUAUGUGCUCCUUUCAGAUCCUAAAGCCGUCAGAAAAAAAAGCUAAGUACCAGUACGGAGGGGUGAAUUCAGGACGCCCUGUCACCCCGCCUCGCACCACUCAGGCACCAAAAAAGAGGUGAGCGGCUGGCCCUGACUCUCCUGCUCUUUCCCCGGCUGGUCUCUGGCCCACGUCCCCGCAGGCUGCCUCAAACACUCCAGCCUUCUCUCAGUCAGCUUGUUCAUGUGUAAACAAAAACUCCAGGAGUGUUUUUUGCUUGUUCUGUGGGUCUUUUUAUGAACACGUGAGUGGUAUUUUCUCCAUUUCUUUUUUGAUGCCAUGGUAUGUAUUAACUCAGCCCUCACUUUCAUUCAGCAAUAUUUAAACCAAACUCUUGUGGAAAGGGCAAGACGUUAAGAAAAGAUGCUUCUCUGCCUUCAGAUUAACAAUUUCCAUAGUGAUUUUGUGAAUGCAUGCACGCUUGUGAGAUUGAGAUGGGUUCUUUGCCCUCGCUGAUGUAAAAUCCUUAAACUCUCUGGGCCAAUUGUUUCUUGUCUCACUUUACUUUGUCUAAUGCCCAUGUAAUUCACCAAACUACUGCCAUGUUAUAUGUCGAUACUGGCUGAAGUAGUACACUGCUUAAAGGAAUAGUUGGACAUUUUGGGAAAUUUGCUGAUAUGCUUUCUUGCAAAGAGUUAGAUGAGAAAAUUGAUACCACUGCUGCCUGUCAAAUAUGAAACUACCACCAGCAGCUGGCAAACUUAGCUUAGCACAAAGACUGGAAACAGGGGAAACAGCGAGCCUGGCUCCAUCCAACAGUAAUAAAAUCCUCCACCAGCUCUUUAAUUAAUUUAUUAAGUUGUAUCUUGUGUGUUUAUACUGUUAAAAAAACUGUAAAAACAACAAAUCUACAUUUUACAGGGGUUUAUGUGUUUGACUAUUUCUUGGUCAGGACCAGUUGCUCGGCAACCAGCAGGACUUUGUCUUAAUUAGUGUGCUUUCGAAGUUCUGAUAGUUGGAUUUUGCUACAUUUGGACAAGGACAGACUACCUAAUUUAAUGGACCUCCGCAUUUAUUACAAACUACCAGAGGUCCCCAGUGACGCCUAGUUUCCAUUUACGUACAGUAUGUGUACGGAGAUGAGGCAACAGGAAGUCCAUUCAUUCCUAUGGGAAUCUCUGUAAUAUCCGAUGUGCCUGUAAAACUCCUCCCCUCUGUAAUAUUUCGGUCCAGAAAUAUUUACCUUGAGUACGUCAAAAAUGUUUAACUUUUGCGGUGGAUUUCGGAGAGACUGUAUGACAGUGUGCUAGCUUAGCUAACAGGGUGCUAACUAGCUAACAGGCUAUUUCCUUCAAUUCAGUCGCCAUGCUGAUUGUCAAGUGAGUUUUUAUGAUUAAAAAGGACUUGUUUAUCUAGUUUCAAGACAUUUUAAACUUAAGUAAUGUUACUCUGUUAAAAUAUGGUUGUACAUUAUAUACAGUCAGAUUGUCAUUAUGACUCGUUCAGCUGUUCAUACGUCUUUCACGAAACUUGCCACGUACCUGGCAGGCUCUGUUUCUGUCCUGAAAUGUUUGAAGCGUAUAUUCCAUACUUCUGGAUGGCGAAAAACAGAAACAGGUAGUUUCCAUCAGGUUUCCAUCUGUAAAGACAUGCACUUCCUUGCGUUGGACACUAGGGGAAUCAUCCGUAUAGUAGAUCUACAGACCAGUCACAUACGUAUGUGGAAAUGAGGCGUGAGUACUAGAAUAGGGCUUCAGCUACAGCAAGAAAGUGACUCAGCGCAUUUCCCAAUAUGUGAAAUGUUUCCUUUAAGAGUUGCACACCGUUAGACAUUGCUAUGACUUUCCCUUUGACUUAAGAAUGUUUUUCUCCUGAAAGAGAGUUCAGUAAAAUCCUGACAUUUUAAUUAUUCACGUGCAAUAAAUGAAAAAAGGUCUUGCCAUAUGCAAGCAUAAAUGUGAACAGGCCAUUAGAGCCUAUUUGACCUUCAAAAAAAAAGGACACAGCCAACCUUUGCUGUACCUUUUACCAGAGCAUUCAUAACAGUAGAUGCUCUACAACAGAUCCAAGCUCUGAAACUUUUAUCCCUCACAUCACUGAAGGAGCAUCUGCGGUUGUUAAAGAGCGUGGUUUGGUAUUUAAACAAUGGGAAAAACAAAGCAAUGCAUAGCGUGAAAGUUUCAUGAUCAGUUCUGAUGUAAAUUCAGUGUAUGUGGAAACUGUGGAAACCAAACAUCAGUGAGCACUUUGAGUUUGUGUCCUUAUGUCUGGUAAGUACUGUAGGUGUGUAGAAAAGUAGAGACGGAUAUGAAGAACGCGGCAGAAACUAACGUACAGUAAAGGAUUGAAAAAAAUAGUUGUCAGUAUAUUCAUCCUCACAGUCGUAGAAGUCGACCUCUCACACACUGAACAUUUUUGCACUUCCAGUCAUCACGACAUCGAAAAGAGGUCGAAAAUCCAUAGAGGCAGGACGACGGCAUUUUGUUUGUUGUUGGCGUUAUGCUUGUUAUAUUACAGUGUUGCCACUUGGUGGUUAUUGAAUGAAGUCAGUCAUUUCUAACUCACUAAUAAACAUUUAACCAAUGUAUUUUUA